GAAGCCUAUUUUUACCGGCUAAACAGUCAGUUUGAUUUAUUUAUUUUUUAAUAUAAUAUUGGCCUAUCACCCCUUUAAUGGAAAUUCCAUUUUCAUCAAGUUGCAACUUGAAAGCCUCCAACCGAGACUCUUUCUCUUUUUAACUUCAGUUUUUCGUGUUUUCUUGUUUUGUUAUGUCAACUCUGGAGUCUUUACUAAUCAAAGGAUCAUCAAAUUAUCAAAAGCCGUGGCAAGGAAUUAUCAUGUUUUGCCUUUUCAUUUACUGAUCAUCUUUUGAUUAGCAAGCCUACUUAAUUUGUGUACUGCAAGAUGUUCUCAUUGCCUGAGUGCUUAAAGAGACGAAAACAUGGGUCAUAGUGGUGACUUAGUUGUCCUUGGCAUCUCUGUUGGCUUGGCCAUUGGUAUAUUGAUAGCUUCACUGGUAUUUUUCGGAAUAAGGUGGUACAGAAGGCAUGCAAAACUGAAAAGAGGUUCAAAUGAACCUAGUGUUACAGUUCUUCCAAUAAGAACAAAUGGCUUUGAUACAAGCACCGACUUCAGUGCAUCUCUCUCGAAAUCUAUAGCCGUCCAGGCACCAGAAUAUCAUCAGAAAAGUUCUCCAAGUUCUUGGUGGAGUCUUCAUAGUAAAGAUCGGUUUGCUUCUGCUUCUGGUUUGCCAAAGUAUUCCUAUAAGGAAGUCCAGAAAGCUACACAAAAUUUUACAACUAUUUUAGGAGAAGGAUCAUUUGGUCCUGUCUAUAAAGCUACAAUGCCUACUGGUGGCGUAGCUGCCAUAAAGGUGCUUUCAUCUGGUUCUCAUCAGGGGGAGAAAGAGUUUCACACAGAGGUUUGUCUACUAGGAAGGCUGCAUCAUCGGAAUCUUGUGAACUUGAUAGGAUAUUGCGUGGAUAAAAGACAAUACAUGUUAAUUUAUGAGUUCAUGAGCAACGGAAGCUUGGCAACCAUACUAUAUGAUGAGGAGGAGCAGGGUCUGAGUUGGGACGAAAGACUUCAAAUUGCUCUUGAUGUUUCACAUGGCGUAGAAUAUCUUCAUGAAGGGGCAGUCCCUCCGGUAAUACAUCGUGAUUUGAAGUCAGCUAAUAUAUUGUUGGACCAAUCAAUGAGUGCCAAGGUCGCUGAUUUUGGGUUGUCAAAGGAGGAGGCUUUUGAUGGCCGAAACUCUGGCAUUAAAGGUACAUACGGGUAUAUAGACCCUGAGUAUAUAUCCACAAACAAGUUCACAAUGAAGAGCGAUGUAUACAGUUUUGGCGUCAUAAUCUUUGAGCUAAUUACAGCUAUCCACCCGCACCAGAACUUAAUGGAAUACGUUAAUCUUGCCGCUAUGAGUCCAGAUGGGGUCGAUGAAAUCCUUGAUAAACAACUGGUUGGAAAAUCCAACAUCGAAGAAGUGAGGCAGCUUGCUAAAAUUGCUCAUAAAUGCUUGCAUAAAUCACCUAGAAAGCGGCCUUCAAUGGGCGAAGUAACACCGGCUAUACUGAAGAUAAAGCAAAGGCGCCUCGGUAAAGAAGACAUGAUGUCCAUGGCUGAAGGGGAUUUUUCACGAAUUAUGAGCAGGAUACAGGAGCAGCAUAUUGAGCUGACCAAAUUGGCUAGCUAGGUCAAUUGAACCGCAGCUUCCCCUUUUUUCUGUUCCAGUUUUAUUUCACCUAAUUUUCUGUUUUUACGCCCUUCGCCCCCCCACCCCCGUAGAAAAGAAAAAAGUCCUACUUUUUGCAACUGAUGGCAAAGAUAGUUACAACAUACAAUUGAAACAGUUACAGAGAAAUAGGGUGUUUAAACAUUUCUAUCCCUUCAUGUGUAGUAUACAGUGGUGAUCAAAGGAAGGUAAACGUAACUAGCAUUUAGAUCGGAUCAAA